AUGCGCGCCGAGUACACAAAAUGGUCUUUCAAACUGCUGAGCACUUUCGGGGUUUUUCUGCAAUUGAUCAUUCUCGAUAUACCCAGAGAUCUCUAUCGAUGGUUGACGCUGAGCAAAAAGGAUGUGCAAG